GCUCCAGCAGCGCCACCCAGUGGAGCUCGCCAGAACAGUGAGACCUCUUCACCUGUGUCGGGGACAUUGUACAACACUCGGAACUCGACCAACGCGGGUCGAGGCGACGAAAGUCGGGCAACGGCGGCUCUUCCGUCGCCGCGACCCACCGACCGACCGACCGACCGACACGUCGGCUUGAGCGCGUGCUCCCUGUGUGCGGAGACCUCCGUAAGUGAGCCGCGCGCGGAGAAGCCGACGACUCUGCCGUUGUCUUAGCUCCUCUUCGCGUGUCGACAUAAAACCUCGACACAAUCAGGAAGUCCGGGGAUUUUUUUUUUUUUUCUUUCCUCGGUUCUUGAAACACAAAACUUGAAUAGACAGAAGAUACGCCGCCUUUUUAAACGACAAAAAGAUGAAGGGCCAGACUGCGUAACGCUUGCAGCUAAUUUAUCGAUGUCGUUUAUUUCACGACCACUAGUUUAUCAACUUAUUUCAGCCGUCAUUCGCUAAACGGAACACCUGGAUUUCCACUUUGCGGGUGAGAGGGAUGGAUGUUCCUCACCUCACUGAAGAUGAAAUGGCAGAGAUUAAGAAAGACGUGCUGAUCAGACUGCGGCACUACCUCUGCGACAAGAUCAGAGCCGUGCACCACCUCGACUACCUGCGCUCUCGCAGGAUCCUGACGCGGGACGACGCGGAGGAAAUCAGCUGCAGGACCACGCAGACCAAGAGGACGGCCAUGUUGUUAGAUAUCCUGGCCGAAAACCCCCGGGGCCUGGACGCCUUGAUUGACUCCAUUAGGGAGUUGCGCUCACAAAACUUUAUCAUCGCCAAGAUCACGGACGAGGUGCAGAAGGCCAAAAAUGAGAAAAUCGAGUCUGUCAAAGCAGGGGCUUCCAGUUUGUCACCUGACAGCAACCUCAGCACAACCAGUGACCUCCCCACGUUUUCAAACAACUCCACCCUGCUGUUCCACCCAGACGGAGAACAAAGCCCUUCCACCUCAGACGUAGCAGGCACACUCAAUCUGCCAUCGUUGCAGAAAGGUGGAGACUUGCCCUCUGUGGCGGGUGCUAGCGUCAGCGUCGCCUCCCCCACUACCUCCUCCAGCCUCCCGAGGCCCGGAGACCCGGGAGCUCCUCCGCUGCCGGAUGAGGUGAUGGUGGAGUCCCCCUCUAACAUGGAUGCCACGGCGCCAGGGUGCACCAGCAGCGGAGGGGACCCAAACUUCCAGCCCCUCCGAUCGCGCUCGCUCACCCCGAUGACACAUAGGAGCAUCUUUUAAUUUCACAUCUCAAUAAGACAGUUCUCAUGCCGUCACAGGGACGCACUCCUCAACCAAACUACUCUACUCUUACACAAACACUUUCUCAUAGUGUCUUUCUAGUGUUGCUCUUGCCUUUGAUUAGGCAAUUUGUGAGAUAUUGCUGCACAUAGGAUAUAUUACAUGUUAGCACUAUACCAAUCAGCUUUCUGGAGAGAAAAUAGAGACAUUUUGUCACUGUCGCAGGGCUAAUGUUUGAAGGCUUCUGAUACUUGUGCCAAUUUGUUAACUUAGUUUUGGUAUGAGGCCAAAAUAAUACUUUAGUUUUGGGAAUAUAAUUUUUUUUUUCUAUUAAACCCUUUUUUUAAAUUAAACAUAUAUAGUCAAAUGUUGAAUGUGUAAUAUAAGCGGAUGUGCAAAAACUGUGCCCAAAUAAAAUACAGUUUAAAUUG